UCUAAAGUGGGCAGCGAUGGCUGGGUGCUGCAUGUCAGCCGAAGAGAAAGAGCGGCAGAGAAUUAACCAGGAGAUAGACAAACAGCUUCGACGAGACAAGAAGGAUUCACGCAGAGAACUAAAGCUGCUGCUACUAGGCACAGGCGAGAGUGGCAAGAGCACCUUCAUCAAACAGAUGCGCAUCAUUCAUGGUUCAGGCUACACAGAAGAGGACAGGAAGACCUUCACCAAGCUCGUCUACCAGAACAUCAUCACGGCCAUGCAGUCCAUGAUCAGGGCGACAGACAUACUGAAGAUAUCACUAUCUAAUCCUGAGAACCAGGAUCAAGCUGGUUUGCUGAACGAAUUGGACGUUGAUAAGGUGAUGGAUUUGGACCAAUGCCAAGUGGCGGCGAUCCGCAGCCUAUGGAGUGACCCAGGCAUUCAGGAAUGUUACAACCGCCGUCGGGAAUACCAGCUGUCCGACUCUGCUAAAUACUACCUUAGUGAUCUGGAGCGCAUUGCAGAUGCAGGGUACGUGCCCAACGAGCAGGACAUUUUGAGAGUACGAGUUCCCACCACUGGCAUCAUCGAGUACCCAUUCGACCUGGAGAACGUCAUCUUCAGAAUGGUGGACGUGGGAGGUCAGAGGUCAGAGCGCAGGAAGUGGAUCCACUGCUUCGAGAAUGUGACCUCAAUCAUCUUUCUGGUGGCUCUCAGCGAGUACGACCAGGUCCUCGCCGAGUGCGACAACGAGAACCGAAUGGAGGAGAGCAAGGCUCUUUUUAAGACCAUCAUCACCUACCCAUGGUUUCAGCAGUCCUCCGUCAUCCUCUUCCUCAAUAAGACGGACAUCCUGAAGGAGAAGAUCACCUACUCCCAUCUUGCCACCUACUUUCCUGAGUUCACAGGUCCCCAGAAUGACCCGAAAGCAGCACAAGAGUUCAUCCUGAGGAUGUACCAGGAGCAGAACCCGGAUCGCGAGAAGACCAUCUACUCCCACUUCACCUGUGCCACAGACACGGAGAACAUCCGCUUCGUCUUCGCCGCCGUGAAGGACACCAUCCUGAGAAUCAACCUGAAGGAGUUCAAUCUAGUCUAACCAACUCUGAGCCUUAGCUCAGUUCACCACUAAAGCCUUAACCUCUUCCUCCCCAACACCCCGGGGG